AUGUCAACGAACGCCAACAUGCUGUCCGCGGAGGGGCUGCGGGAGAUUGUCGAACGGGAGGGCUGGUUUUGGCGGCCACCGGCUUUGAUGAUGUGGCUGCUUUUGCUGGGCUCGGUGCUGCUCCUCGUCUUCGGUUGCCGCCAAGAUGCACGGGUGCACAGCUCUGGGUUGUGGCGCGACGAGUUUUUCCUCGCGGACAUGCCCACAAAGGAUGGAGGCCUCGCAAGCCUCGGAAGUCUCUGUGGGCUGUCCAAACAGGCCUCGGAAAGCCAACCUUCUCAAGACCCCGCCGAAGAACCGAAGAAUCCAGGCAUGUCAUCGCAGAGAAGCUGGAGAGCUCGUCUGGGGAAGAGCUCAAGGUUUCUUUCAUGGAAGCCUUCUGCCAACCUUUCGUCCUUAUCCGAGGCACGUCGUCAGCUCCUCCGUGCUCCAACCUUGGCUUCGAGGCUUCGCGAGCGGCUCCUUUGCCAGAACACGCUCUGGGAAGCGGCACGCAGGUGCGGUCUGCACUGCAGCUCCAUCGAGAUGCACGUCUGGGGGCAGAAAGGCUGGGUCCAGGGGAGUGUGGCUGCGCAGAAGUCGCCGCAGCUGAAGGAGCUGGUCAUGGCGCUGGAUGAGGUGCUGCCGCAGUCAUUCCUGACUAUCCACGCUUCUCGUUGGCACCUGAUCGGGACGGCUCUCUUCACGAUGCACCCAGUCUACGAGCUCUCCAUGUGCGACCUUCACAUGACUGCGACGAAGCGAGCCAAGAUCGUUGUGGACUGCAUCCUCGGUUCUCUGUCGUUUGUGGCCUUGUUCUUCUCCGUGGACGGCACAGCUGUGGCAGCCAGGAGUCCAUCGGAGUGUCCCUUGCAACAGGGAACACUCGUGUGGUACCUGUUCGUGGCUUUCUUUUCCGUGCUGCUGAGCUUUGUUCCGCGCAGUCUAGAGCUCUAUCUUGCUCGCCGCAGCUUUGUGCCAGAGAGCCGCGAUCAUGCUCGUCAACUUCGGACAAGACGCCACAGGGAUGCAGGGUUCUGGGUCUUCAGCACGUGUCUCGCGCUCCUCUAUCUCCUGGUUAUCAUUGCUUUCUUGGCCAACCUGUCCGAGGCAGACGAGUGGAAAUGGAUGUUUACCUUCUGGGUCGUUCUCCUGCGCAAGCUCUUCAUCGUGCCUGUCUUGGCAUGCCUCGUCUCGGGGCUUGGGAGCGUGGCCGUCGGCACGGCACCUGAGCCACCCAAGAAGUUCGGCUUGGACUUCUCCUCGCUUUGCGACGGCGGCGAAGGCGAAGGAGACCAGAAGAGUCAGAAGAGCGAAGGCCAAGGAGCUUGGGCCGAGAAGGUGCAGGAGCUGGCUGGCAGGGGCCUCACCAUCCGCCAGCUGCUCGAGUUCUAUGCCAUGCUGGGUCGCGAGGUCAUGGAACACUUCAGCCCAGAAGAGUCAACCACACACGAUGUCGUACGCCAGGCCAUCAUCCCGCUCUCUCUGCACAUGAAACGGCGCCGCUUCGAGGUGGUCAUCCAUGAGACGGCGGCCUGCAAGAAGGCCCUCGAUGCUCUCCGAAGUGCUUCGGCCCCUGCCCCUGCCCUGGAGAUCUGCGUGGCGAAGAAGGGCCUUGUUGGUGAGAGGGGUGAGAGGGCCGUGAGCUACGCGGUGAUCUGGGACGAGGCCAUCCUGGUGGAGGACCUCUGCCUUGACGACGGCCUGCUCUUCCGUGUCUCCGACAAGGAAGAGCUCUCCUUAACCGUGGCGGCCACAGACUUCUGGCAAGGCUUCAAGGGACCCUUCCAGCUCGACGGCUUGGAGCUGCACGUUACCAUCUUG